CUUUUUGAAAAAUGUACGCCGCCAAAAAGAGAAAAAAGGUUUAAGUUUAACCGAGCAAAAUAGGUAUAGUAAAUGUAAAGUUAGUCAUAAUAACUUAACAGCAAAGCGUGAAGUCGAAUCAAUCAAUUAAAGCGCAUUCUUUUUUACUAAUUGUUUUGUAUCGGUGAGUGAAAAGAGGCAAUGCAUGGAAAAGGAGCAAAAGAAAAACAGGUUUACAAAAACAUUUUUUUAAAAAAACGAAAAUCGAGAGAAAUCCGAACCGUUGGAUUAAUGUAAUAGAUUCCAGCGGAUGUGAGUAGGAAACUUGGAGAGAAAUGCGACGUUGUUUGAAGUGCUUAUAUAAAGUUGUGUGAUAUUUAAGGAUGUUAAAUUUAAUUACGAGAGGAAACUGUUGAUUAAGGAAAGUUUAGCAAACAAAUAAGAAUACCAUCACAAGAUGAGAAUAAAUAACACUAUGUGUUACAUGUCCGAUGAAAUUUAAACAUUCGAAAACAGUUUCAUAAAAAAAAAAAAAAAUUAAAUAGAUUUUUCAAAAAUGUAUGGGUAAAUGUGAAAUAUCAAUGAAUCCGACGGUUUAGAUUGGAAGCGUGGAGAGGAAGCUAAAAUCAGAGGUUGAAUAAUAAACGGAGCUUGUUUUGUCAUUCCCAAAAAAGAAAAAAAAAGAAAAAAAGGUAUAUUCAUAAAAAAUCAAAACCGAGAAAAGAAGAGUUAAAUCUGGCAUCGAUAGACCCGAACCGUAGGAUUAAAUAUCACCGGACGUUGAUCCAAUCAAACGGAUGUAAUGGAAGCAACCAUUUAAUUCUUUAUUAAACCAAAGAGAGGUAUAAAAAGGAAAAAACUAAUUCAUUCCAAGAGGCUCUCUCCCUCACACUCUCUCUUUGCAACAAAAGCACAAAACUCUGUUCGAAAAACACAAGCGAAGGAUGAACUCCAAUUCCGAAUCCGAGUGCGCACAAAUCAGUCAAUCUAAACCGUCGAAUGAGAUCUUUUGGAUGGAUGAGAUGAGAUCCAGGCGCGUGACAAUUAAUAUCAACCGUCUAAAAAAACUAUCAUCCAACGGCCCACCUUGACCAUAACCAUCCUCUUCGAAUUUCAGGUAUACAUUUCCCUCCUAAACAUUUUCUCUUACUCUUCACGAUUUUCUCUGAAAAAGCAGUGAAUCGCCAUGGACGCAAUGGAUGCAUCUAGGUUCUGCCGAAUCCUGGAGGCAGCUUCGGUAUUCGAUCUCUGCGACCUAGCGCAACGGCUAAUUCGAGUUGGUGUUCAUCUCCUCGCGAGCGAUCCAGAAGGCCAUCGAGUUCUGGUGCUCUUCUGCAACAGAGCUUAUGAACUCUCACGCGAUGCAGAUCUGAUCUCGAUAUACGAUGAAUUGACAAAAAAUCGUCAAGAAUUGGGACAAAGUCUUCUCAACGAGCUUGGGCUGGAGAGUAUAAUCUUGGUGACUGACUACUCUGGGAACAACAAGCAUUUUGCCGGUUUGAUUCAAGGAGAUCUCUUAGUUAGAUUGAUGAUGACUUCUUAUGAUGUUAAGCCGUUGAUUACUUUCAUUUCAUCAGAGAAAGUUGGUUUCGAAGCUCGUCAGCCUCUUCUAGCUACCAUAUCAAACAACAUUUUGCUUCUAUCAAACCAUGAGAAAGGUUCUAAAAACUUAAGCGGCUUAAUCUCUGUUGCCUGCGAUGAAGAUUUACACUCGUUGUUUGAUGGAUUCACAAGUAAUCUUCAAGAUUUCGGACAGGCUUUACUCAACAAACAAGGGCGUGAGACUAUAUUCUUAGUGACUGACAAGGGUGGGAAGAACCAGCAAUUUGCUGGUUUGAUUCAGGGAGAGCUCUUAAUGAGAUUUUUGAAGAAUGAUGAUGAUGUUAAGCCUCUUAUUUCUUUCAUUACAUCCGAGAAAGUUGGAUUCCAAGCUCGUCAGCCGCUUCUAGCCACCAUCUCAGCCAACAUCAUUUCUCUAUCAAGCCAUUUUAAAGCCUAUAAGAACCUGUGUGACUUGAUCACUGUUUCUUCCAAGGAGUUUAACUUCUCUCUUGUUCAAGCAAUUCAGGAACAUCUUGUGGCUAUCUCGAAGCUCAAAUUUGGGAACCAUGUUGUUCAGAGUCUCAUUUGUCUUCAAAACGAAGCUUCUAAGCUUGCCAUUGCGUCUUUGAAGGGCACUCUGAUGAUUCUUUCCAAAAUUGCAUAUUCUCACUUUGUUGUACAGAGCAUUUUCCGUAGCAGCGAUGACAUGACCGUUCUUGAUUGCUUCAAAGAGAUCAACCUUGAAGAAUUGGUGACAAACCCCAAUGGCCACUUUGUUCAUCAAAGCAUCGUAAGGAGGUUCCAAACUCUUGAUGUUGAGCUUUGCAGAAACAUCUGCUCUGAAAUUGUGUCCAGAAAGUUUGAUUUUGAGCUUCAUGAUCCUGGAUACCAAGUGUUCCUUACAUGCAAAAGCGUGCUGCUCAAGAUAGGAAACUGAGCUCUGGAGCUAAAGGGUGAUGACAAGUGUUCAUAAGAUUUGACACGUUGCCAAGUUUGCAUCUUUUUUUUCCGCAUAUAUUCCAUUCCGGUUGUUAAUACAUUACUCUGUCACGGUACAUUUGUGUCACAACGUUGAAAGGCUUGUUAAACGUAUGGUACACACACUUAACUUUCAAUUUGAAGCUGUUGUAUUUGCUGUCUAA